AUGGAGAUGCAUGUGGCACACGGAAUCACUAAGGCCAAGAGCCCACUUCCGCUUUCGUUGUUGUUGCGACUCAACGGGUUGCUCAAGAAGUCCAUCUUCUCCAGGAAGUUCUACCAGGAAAUCAAUGAUAAGGUGUUGAGCACUUCGUCGUCUGUGAAUGCCAACUUGUACUUUAUUUGCUACUUCACGUUGUUGUUGAGUUCCAUUUUGAACAACAAGCCCCGGAUCGUGAAAUUUCUCAAACAGCAGAAGAUCAAUGUGCUUAAAUUGGUCAACAGGGGGUUUAAUACCAAGUUUAGUACUGAGCAGGCGGUCAAGGAGAAGGAGGCUGCUGCUGCCCUGGCUGACACUUACAAAUCCAACUUGGCUGUUCACUUGAAGGCCGUUUCGUCAUAUAUCGCAGAUGUGAGAAUUUUCAACCGUCUUACCGAGUCCAUUAAAUACAUGCCAUGGAUUAUUGACGAGUUUGCAUCCAUGGUGAACCCUGCAUCUCCAGUUCCAAAGUUUGACCGUAUCGUCAACUUCUUACAGUCUAUCAACUGUCUUGUGCUUGAGUUGUUCGAGCACGCUGGUUGGUUGACUGACCAUAACUGGGUUGGAACUGGUGAUAACGCCUACUGGUCGAUGCUUACAUACGUGUGGUGUUCUAGAGUGUGGGGUGCUUACUUGGUGAUUGAGGUUUUGGAACUUUUCAGAAGAACUCCAUUCUCCAAGUGGGACAAAAACUGGCGCUUGGCUGUGUUCAAGCAGGCCAUCCAGCUUCCAUUGGUUGUUCAUUGGUCGCUUUACGAAGGUUGUUUGACUCCAUUCUGGGUCGGUGUUUGCGGCAGUGGAGCCUCCUGGUGGGGCUUCAGAGACAUGUGGAGCUCUAUAGACUUGAGCUAG